AUGCCAGACGACGAUGCCGUUCCAGAUACCAAGUCCGACAUCACAGCCGUUGCUCUAAAACUACCGCAAUUCUGGCACACUGAUCCGCAAAUAUGGUUUGCACAAGUCGAAGCACAGUUUGCUACUCGGAAAAUAACAAAUCAAGAUACGAAAUUUCAUCACAUUGUAGCAUCACUUCCUCCGGAAGUCGCUGUUGAUAUUCAAAUCAUUCAAAAGCCGACAGUAAACGCUUACGAUGAGCUUAAAAGGAAACUCUUGGAGAGGACAACAACAACAAAAGCCCAGAAAUUACAACAACUACUAGCCACAGAAGAUUUAGGCGAUCGUAAACCUUCUCAACUCUUGCGACGAUUCCAACAGCUGUUAGACGACAGCCCAGCCGAACACCCAUUAGUUCGUGAGCUAUUCUUGCAACGACUACCCCAGCAGGUACGCCAACUUUUAGCUGUUACCACCAAGUCAACAACAUCGUUAGAGGAGCUCGCACAGCUAGCGGAUAAGGCAAUGGAAGUACAGCAUGGCCUGAAUGUCAAUGUUGUUCAGCAUCCAUCUGCGUCGACAGCUGUUGACAAUCUGCAAGCCCAGCUAAAUGAAAUCAACAACACUUUAGCAGCAUUGACCAGAAAGCAGUCAAAGCUCGCAAAACUCCCUACAACGACCUCCCAAACUAGCCAACAAACCUUAUGUUGGUACCACCAGCGCUUUGGAGACAAGGCUCGCAAAUGCCAGCCANCUAAAUUAGAAUCGUCAUUCAGACGUUUUCGAUCCAUUAAAGAUACAAAAGUAGAAAACAACUAUCGAAGAAUAGAAUAA